CAGAACGUGCACAAGAUUGGCCAACUGGGCAAUGAACUGGAGACGCUCAAUCAGAAUAUUAACGUCUCUGGAAACUCUCGAAUUAAGUCUGAACUUCUGAAUCGCAAAGAGAAAGAUGCAAUCAAGCUUAUCGAGGUCACUGGAGUUAAAUUCACUGAACUUGCCUCUCAUCCGAUUGUUGAGCAAACUACGAAGAUUCACGCCGAGCGCCUGAAGACAGACUUCCAACGUUCUUUGCAGCGAUUUCAGAGGAUACAAGCGGAGAUAAAACGGCGUCUGAUAAUUGAGGCUCAGCGCAAUGAACCCCCUGUGGCUGAUCUGCUCGGUUUGGAGGCUGAUGGAGUUCGAACAAACGGAAAUGAAGAUGACAGUAUGCUGUUUCAGAGUGGUCAGCUUCAGACACAAGUCCAUCAAGGUGAUGUGACACAGCUGGGCUACGUCCUACAACAAGAGGAACAGAUGCAAGCUAUUGAAGAGGACAUCAUGAACGUCAAUAUCAUUUUCGAGCAACUUUCUACGCUCGUUUAUGAUCAACGUACUGCUGUGGAUACGAUCGAAGACAAUGUAGAAUCGGCCUACGUAAACCAAGUAUCUGGUACUACUCAACUGGUAAAAGCCGCACAAAGCAGGCAACGAGCGCGCAAGCGAUGUUGCAUCUGCAGCAUCGUUCUUGUCAUCGCUUUGUGCAUCACCAUCCUGGUGUUGAUCAUCAUCUACGGCCCUAAAUCGAAGAACUGAGACGUCAGCCAUCAUUCCACAUCAGUUCAACUUGCAUUGAUUCAGAGGCGCGUUUUGUGAUGUGAUUUUUUUCCUCGCAAGUCCAAAUUUCAUUUUAAAAACUGAUUUUGUACAGACCCUGCCUUGAGUCAUCAAGCUCUAUACGCGAACUUUGGCCCGCCUUCUCUAGAGCUAGAUGAUAAUCAGUUUCUUUUCUAAUCCUCGUCAUACUGCCCCCCCCCCCCCCAUCCCCAAAUUCACAUUCAGAGAAAAAAGGUUUUUCUGCACAACAGAACCGUUCUUUUUGUACAGAAUUAAUUUCACAGUAAUUGAAGUCGAAUUAAUAACUUCACACUGUUUUCAAUUAAACUAAAGCUUUACACGUGUAUACACAAAUGAUGGGGUAUGGAGCAUCUCGGUACUUGGAGAAUGGAUGGACUAUCUGCACCCCUAGCUCCCUUAGACACUGUAGAAUGUUCCAGAUGAGUUUUGUCCAUACCAGCUGGUUGACAGUGAACCUUUGAACAAGGGGGAGGGGAGUGGGUCUGCUGUCAGUUUCUUGCCGGCGAGGGUUGAGUUUUUUUUCCACGAAUGUCUGUCCGGACGCACUAUCAGCCAUUUGUUCGUGUGCGCAACGAACUUCCUGUUAUUUACAAUUCACUUUCGCUGCGUCCGGUUUCACCGCUCGUCCUCACAGUUGCACUAAAUGCUUGUUGCGGCGCUGAGUAUUUGCUCUUUGAGCUAUCAUUUUGUUUGGCGCAUUGUGUGUGUGUGUGUGUGUCUAUGUGUGGUUGGGGAGAAAUCGGAUCCUCUGCAAAGGGUGUAACUGUUUGGCAAAUGUUGUCGGAAGUAUGUAGGAGGGAUAAGGGCGGAAAUGAACGGUUAAGCGAAUGUGUUCGUACCGAUGGAAUGUACGACAGAAUGUUACCUGACUAGAAUAAGUAAAUAGCCGACAAUUCCUCACGGUGGUAUCGUCUUACGGCGUCUUUUUAUCAUACAAAACUGGCUGCAUUAUACGUCUCUAGCGGGCUACUACCUCGACGCGGUUCAAUGUUAACGGUGACCGAUUUGGCCAUGGUUUUGCUGGGAGAAUGGGUGUUGUAUAUGCGGGGCUGGGCUCCACUACUUGGAUUAACGCAACUGAUUGUUUUGUUCUUGGAACUUGGUUUUUGUUGACUGCAUUUGGUUUGACUCGAUUUCGUUCGAUCCCUCUGUUUGAACGAUCGAAGCGCUUCGGCCCCACUCUCGGCCGCCUGAUCUUCUGACUUCAUCUCGUCGGUUUUCGAUGGUGUGAGGUCAGUCAAACUGAAGGCUCGAUCGCUGACUAGUUGGAUCAGUUUGUCGUCCGAUCCGGAUCCUGUAGCUAGUCGUUUUUCCGUCAGAUCCGGCUGGGACGCUUGUAACAAUCUGAACAUAUCUGAGGAGUUCGCCGUACCCAACAAUGGUGUAUAAUGUCCCGUUUUGUUAUAUGCUUGUGGCCCGUUUUCUACCAGUAUGUUGCGCUGGAAACAGUCGUUGUUCCCUCUGAAUGUACUGUGUGAUGGUUGAAUGAGUGUAUUUGGAUUCAGAGUCUUUGAACGUUGAUUCAGCUGCAGGGUCUGGUAAGUAUGCCCUGUU